AUGGAGUCAACACCCUGCAAUGUCCCGCCCAAAAUCAGCCUGGGAUCGCUUCCAGACCACACAAGACCUGUUAUGGAUUUCAAUGAUUCAUCCUUCUUCAAGAUCCGCGGCCAAAAGCUACCGGAGCCGCCUAAGGUCAAUACAAGGCGGAAUGGGAUUGUCACUUUCCCAGAACUGAAGCUUGUCAUCAAGUAUGGGCCUUUCACCACCGUCGAUGAAGCGGUCACUAUGUGGGCAGUCAAAAAACACCUUGGCCACACCGUUCCAGUUCCCGAGCUAUAUGGGUGGCGAGUCCGUCAGGGCACUGUCUUCAUCUACAUGGAGCUCAUUCCAGGGACAACACUACGGGAUUGCUGGAAUGAUCUCGCCUUCUCCGAUAAGGAGGCCAUCUGUCUCCACGAGAGAAAUACGGACGGAUGUUGUCAAACUGGAAUGUAA